AUGGCAGCAAGUAAGGUCGCUCAAGUCCCAUGCCCCCACAUGCAACAACGACUCUGGAGGUUGACAACAUAUGAUGCACUUCCUCUCCAUCUAGGAAUUAGAAAGGGCAUGGUGGGGGAGAGAGGGAAAGGUUUGGGGGAAAGUAACCAUCUUGGGCUAUGCACCGGCAUGGUCGGGAAAAGAGGGAAAGGGGAUGGCUAUGGAGGGCCCAUCAUCGCUACCCCAGCAAUAGCAUACGGCGACGAAAGUAGCCCCUGGUACUGGUGCUGCAGACAGUCAAUGGAGAAGAGGACCAGAAGAAGCUAUUGUCGCCGCCCUCAUCCAAUCCGCCGGUUUCCCUCUUCUCCACCCUCUCCUAUUCUUUUUCCUUCAACAGAAACAUCACCAUUGCGAGGAACAUCAUCUCCGCCGCUGGCUGCCGCUGAUCUACCUUGA